AUGGGUAUUCAGGAACUGAAGAAGUUCUCGGGCGAGACUUUAGCAAUUGAUGCUUAUGGAUGGCUUCAUCGUGGCGCCGUGGCAUGCGCAAUGGAGCUUGCCCAGGGCAAGCCAACCCGCAAAUAUGUGGAUUUUGCAAUGCACCGUGUUAGGAUGGUCAAGUAUUUUGGUGUUACCCCGUACCUGGUUUUCGAUGGCGAUUAUCUCCCCAGCAAAGCUCUAACGGAGGCUUCCCGCUCUAAACGGCGGGAAGAGAGCAGGAGGGUUGGCCUAGAGCUUCUCAAAGCUGGAAAGCCAUCGCAAGCGUUUCAGGAAUUGCAAAAGGCCAUUGACGUGACUCCAGAGAUGGCUCGGAACCUGAUGGAGGAGCUCAAGAAAGCAGACGUGCCAUACGUAGUCGCUCCGUACGAAGCUGACGCUCAGAUGGUUUAUCUUGAGCGUCAGGGCCUCGUCAAUGGCAUCAUCUCUGAAGACUCCGACUUGCUUGUCUUUGGAGCGAAACGACUUCUCACAAAGCUCGAUCAGCAUGGACAAUGUGUGGAGAUCAACAGGCGAGACUUUUGUGCCUGUCGUGAGAUCUCCUUGACUGGAUGGACCGACGCCGAGUUUCGCCACAUGGCUAUAUUCAGCGGAUGCGAUUACCUAGAUGGGAUUAAUAACAUGGGCCUAAAGACGGCUUAUCGUAUGAUACGAAAGUGCAAGACCCCGGAGCGAGUUAUUCGAAUGCUUCAAUUUGAGGGCAAAUUUCGAGUGCCUGAGAAUUACCUCGCAGCGUUCAAGCAGGCAGAACUCACUUUCCUGCACCAGCGGGUAUAUUGCCCAGACAAACAGGAGAUUGUCUUCCUGACUGAGCCAGAUCCCUCAAUGGACGUUGAAUCAAUGCCAUACAUCGGUGCUCACGUCGACGCUGAAUUGGCUCGAGCAGUUGCUGUCGGUGAUGUCAAUCCAAUAUCGAAGCAGCCAAUCGUACUUCCCGGCAUGCCAGAGAAGAGACAAACCGGAAAGAUACUGCCGGCCUUUGCAACGCAGAGCAAAUCCCUUGGCAAGCCGAUCGAAUCAUUCUUCAAAGGUCACCGUCGAAUUCCCUUGGGUGAGAUGGAGCCCAACUGCUUCUCUGUUGAGCCUCGUAGGCAAAAUGCCGUUGUGCAGACGGAGGUCGCACCAGUAGCCAUAUACGACUUCCCGACCGCAUCGGAAACAAACUGA